AUGGCAGCUCGCAGCCGGAGAGCUUGGUUCGGCGUGCUUUUGGGUCUGGUGCUCGGCUUCACGUUGGCAUCCAGACUCAUUCUGCCCAAGGCUGCCGAACUCGCCAAAGCCAACCCGGGAGGCGGCGGCUGCGCCGGCCUCAGGGCAGCGGCUGCUGCGGCUGCAGCGGCGGCAAGUAACGCCGGCGGGGCCCCGUGGCAGCAGUCUUCGGACGACGCCUCGUCGUCGUCGAACGCGCGCUCCUCCAGCUUCCUCUUCGUUGGGGUCAUGACCGCGCAAAAGUACCUCAACAGCCGCGCCGUAGCGGCGCACAGAACAUGGGCCCGAAGCAUCCCUGGCCGCGUGGAGUUCUUCUCCAGCGAGGGCUCUGACGCGGCGGCGACGGGCGUCCCGGUGGUGGCGCUAAGCGGCGUGGACGACUCCUACCCUCCUCAGAAGAAGUCUUUCAUGAUGCUCAAAUACAUGCACGACCACUACCUGGAACGCUUCGAGUGGUUCAUGCGGGCUGAUGACGACGUCUAUGUCAAGGGCGAGCGUCUGGAGAGCUUCCUGCGGGGGUUGAACAGCAGCGCCCCCGUAUUCCUGGGACAGACCGGCAUGGGCGCCCGCGACGAGCUGGGCAAGCUGGCGCUGGAGCCCGGCCAGAACUUCUGCAUGGGCGGGCCCGGCGUUGUCAUGAGCCGCGAGGUCCUCCGCCGCGUGGCGCCGCACCUACGCCGCUGCCUGCGCCAGAUGCACACCGCGCACGAGGACGUGGAGGUGGGCCGCUGCGUGCGACGCUUCGCCGGGGUACAGUGCGUCUGGUCCUAUGAGAUGCAGCAGCUGUUCCACGAGAACUACGAGCCCAACAAGAGAGGUUUCAUCCGCGAGCUGCGCGACAGCAAGAUCCACCGGGCCAUCACGCUGCACCCCAACAAGAGCCCGCCCCACCAGUACCGCCUGCACAGUUACCUGCUGAGCCAGAAGGUGGCGGCGCUGCGCCAGCGCAGUGUGCGCCUCCAUCGCGAGCUGCUCCUAGCCGCCCGCCCGGGCACCUCAGGGGCGACCCGCGAGGACCGCCGCCUGGGGGCACCGCCCUCCUUCACCAGGUUCCGGCCCGGGCGGCGCAGCGAUGUCACGGAGUGGGACUUCCUCAGUGCCAGGCACAUCUUCACCGCCUGGGACGGACAGCCGCCGCGUCGCGGGACCGACGCUGCGCAGCGACGGGCCCUGGAUGACGUGGUCAUGCAAGUGAUGGAGAUGAUCAACGCCAACGCCAAGACGCGCGGGCGCGUCAUCGACUUCAAGGAGAUCCAGUACGGCUACCGGCGGGUGGACCCGCUGCACGGGGCAGAGUACGUUUUGGACCUCCUCCUGCUCUACAAGAAGCACAAGGGCAAGAGCGUGACUGUGCCGGUGCGCCGGCACGCUUACCUGCAGCAGAGCUUCAGCCGCGCACACUUUUGCGAGGAGCGGCCCACCGAUGCUGCCGAGUUGGCGGUGCGCGCCGACCGCUCCUCACCGUCCUUCCUGUCGCUGGACUCUCUAAAGAUGCUGGCACCCUUCCUGCCGGGCCGCGGGGACGGUCCCUCCCCGCCACCGCCACUUCCGGCUGACGAGAAGGUCAACGUGCUGGUGCCGCUGGCGGGGCGCUAUGAAACCUUCGCACGCUUCAUGGCCAACGUGGAGCGCGUAUGUCUGAUCCCCAGGCAGAACGUCAAACUGGUGGUGCUGCUCUUCGGCGACGACAACGCCACUGAGCGGGUCCGGCAGGCGGAGCUUUUGCGCCGCUACCACAUCAAGUACCCACGGGCUGAGCUGGAGAUCAAAGCGCUGGGCGGCUCUUUCUCUCGCGCGCUGGCGCUGGAGGUCGGUGCCGCACGCUUCCCCAAUGCCUCGCUGCUCUUCUUUUGCGACGUGGACCUGCUCUUCACCGCUGACUUCCUGCAGCGCUGCCGGGCAAACGCCGUGGCGGGACGCUUCGCCUACUUCCCGGUGGUCUUCAGCCAGUACGACCCCCUGGUGGCGUAUGGCGGGCGGGCCCCGGACGACCUCUACACCUUGACCUCCGAGGCGGGCCUGUGGAGGAAUUUUGGCUUCGGCGUUGUGUGCGCCCGCAAAGGCGAUCUACUUGGCGCCGGGGGCUUGGACACAUCCAUCCGGGGUUGGGGGCUGGAGGACGUGGACCUGUACGACAAGUUCGUGCGCUCAGGCGCCGCCGCACCAUUCCGCAGUGUGGACCCAGGCAUCGUGCAUGUGCACCACGCCGUCACCUGUGAUUCUCGCCUGGAGCCCAAGCAGUACAAAAUGUGCCUGGGUUCCCGGGCGGCCUCCCGGGGGUCCGCCCACCGGCUGGCCAAGCUUUGGUUGGACAGGAACCAGGGGGCCUCCGUGCAUGCCAACGUCUCGCUUCGGACAGCCUGA